AUGGGAGCAUUAGGAAUAUCAUCACCGAGUUUAACGCCAACUACAAUAGCUAUUAGCACUGUGAUUGCUACGGUGCUAAUAUGGUGGUUUUGGAGUGCACUGAACUGGGUAUGGUUGAGACCAAAGAGGAUAGAGAGGCGUCUGAAGCAGCAGGGUCUCCAAGGCAAUUCAUACCGCCCUUUGGUUGGAGACAUCAGAGAUAUGGUUAAAAUGAUAAAGGAAGCAAAAUCCAAAACCAUGGAUCCUCAGUCUAACGAGAUUGCAUCCCGUGUAUUGCCUUUCGUUGUCCACACCAUUGCUAAAUACGGGAAGAAUUCAUUUAUGUGGCUUGGUCCCAGACCAAGGCUAUUCAUCAUGGAUCCAGACAAAAUCAAAGAAAUCGCUAAUAAGGUCUAUGAAUUUCAAAAGCCCGACACAAGUCCACUUUUCAAGCUUCUCGCAUCAGGUUUUGCGAAUUAUGAUGGCGACAAGUGGGCUAAACACAGAAAGAUCGUCAGUCCAGCAUUCAAUGUAGAGAAAUUGAAGUUCUUGGUACCGAUAUUUUGCCAGUGUUGCGAUGAUAUGAUCAGCAAAUGGGAGAGUGUAUUAUCUUCAUCUAAUGGGUCAUGUGAGUUGGAUGUAUGGCCUUUCAUCCAAAACGUGUCAAGCGACGUCCUCGCUCGUGCAGGCUUUGGAAGUAGCUUUGAGGAAGGAAAAAAAGUAUUCCAACUUCAAAGGGAAAUGCUUCAACUUACAAUGACACUCUUUAAGUUUGCUUUCCUUCCUGGGUACAGGUUUCUGCCAACAUAUACCAACAGGAGGAUGAAAGCAAUUGACAAAGAAAUACGAGCAUCACUUAUGGGUAUCAUCAACCGAAGAUUAAAAGCAAUGAGAGCGGGGGAGCCUACUAAUAAUGACUUGUUAGGCAUACUUCUGGAAUCGAAUUACAAGGAAUCUGAAAAGAAUAAUGGUGGAGGAAUGAGUUUAAGGGAAGUAGUCGAAGAAGUCAAGCUAUUUUAUUUAGCAGGCCAGGAAGCCAAUGCAGAAUUGCUGGUUUGGACUAUGUUAUUAUUAAGCAAACAUCCUGAUUGGCAGGCAAAGGCGAGGGAGGAGGUUUUCAAAGUGUUCGGUAAUGAAAAGCCAGAUUAUGAUAAGCUAGGUCAACUUAAAAUUGUGUCAAUGAUUCUCCAGGAGAGUCUCAGAUUAUAUCCACCAGUAGUUAUGUUCGCUCGAUAUCUUCGUAAAGAUGCGAAACUUGGAGACCUUACAAUUCCUGCAGGAGUGGAGCUUAUAGUACCCGUGUCAAUGCUACACCAGGAUAAGGAGUUUUGGGGCGAUGAUGCCCCGGAGUUCAAACCAGAAAGAUUCUCUGAAGGAGUCUCAAAGGCAACAAAAGGCAAAGUUUCAUACAUGCCAUUUGGAUGGGGUCCUCGACUCUGCAUAGGACAAAACUUUGGCUUGUUAGAAGCAAAAAUAGCCAUUUCCAUGAUCCUGCGACAUUUCUCCUUCGAGCUUUCCCCGUCCUAUGCUCAUGCUCCGUCCUUUAUUAUUACUCUUCAGCCUGAGCGGGGGGCUCAUCUCAUUUUACAUAAACUGUAG